AUGUCGGCCAAGCCCACGACCAAGAAGUUCGGGAAGUCGACCCGGUCGGUCCCUGCUCCCGCGGACAAGGCCAAGAAGUGGUACAACGCCGACGAUGAGAGCGAGCCCAAGAAGACCCGCAAGGCCGUUCGCCCGUGGACUCCUCGAAGCACGCUCCAGCCGGGUACAGUCCUGAUCCUCCUCGCCGGCCGCUUCCGAGGCAAGCGCGUCAUCCUCCUCAAGGCUCUCGACCAGGGCGUCCUGCUCGUCACCGGGCCCUUCAAGAUCAACGGCGUUCCCCUGCGACGAGUCAACUCUCGCUACGUCAUCGCCACCUCCUACAAGGUCGACAUCUCCGGCCUCGAUGCUAAGAAGGUCGGCGAGAUCUCCCAGCCCAAGUACUUCACCGCCGAAAAGGCCAAGCAGAAGGCCGGCGAGGAGGCCUUCUUCAAGCAGGGAGAGAAGCCCCAGAAGAAGCAAAUCAAUAGCAGCCGCGCGGCUGACCAGAAGGCCAUCGACAAGCCUCUGCUUGCCAGCAUCAAGAAGGUCGACAUGCUCGCCAGCUACCUCGGCAGCUCUUUCAGCCUGCGGAAGGGCGACAAGCCCCACGAGAUGGUGUGGUAG